AUGGCACACACCCGCAUCCGCAAAUUCAACACAAAAGACACCUACCCGGAGCAAAACCUGGACAACGACCUUAGCCAAGCCGUGGUCGCCAAAGGUACCUACAUCUUCCUGCGAGGCCAGUGUCCACAAGACCUCGACACAGCCCAGAACAUCUCCAGCCAUGACCCAGUCGAGCAGACACACAAGGUGAUGAAGAACAUCCGGCAGCUCGUCGAGGAAGCGGGAGGGAAGAUGGAGCAUGUGACGAAGCUUGUGGUAUAUUUGACGGAUGUGAGGCAUCGCGAGCCGGUGUAUAGGACGAUGGGGGAGUAUAUCAAGGGAGUGUUUCCGGUUUGUACGGGGCUGGUGGUUGUUGCGCUUGCGAGGCCGGAGUGGUUGGUUGAGAUUGAUGCCACCGCGGUCAUCCCUGAAUCUGAAUGA